GCAGCCCUUCUCCCUCCCUCGCUGCCUUUCUGCAAACCGCCAAACCCUUCUCCCUCCCUCGCUCUCGCUCGCUCUGUCCCUCGUCGCUCGCUCGCCCGCCCGCCCUCGCUCUUGCUCGCUGCCCCUCCCUCGCUCACUCGCCCUCGCUGUUGCUCGUUAGCUCUCUCGUUCUCGCUCGCUGCGGCAGUGCGGCAAACACCCAUAUCUGCUUCAUCCAAGCCCGAAUCUGUACAAUUAAAUGGCUUUGAGCGGAGCCGCGCCCCCAAGAGGAAGUGCAGCAGCAGCUGCAGCCAAUCUACGCAGGAGGAGGACGACAAGUGCUGGGGCAGCAGGAGGAGGAGGAGGAGGAGGAGCAAGCGGCACCAUGCUCCAGUUUUACACCGACGAUGCCCCGGGCCUCAAGAUUUCUCCCAACGUUGUCCUGAUUAUGAGCAUUGGUUUCAUAGCAUUUGUGGCCAUUCUCCAUGUCAUGGGCAAGCUGUACUUUGUGCGCAGGGAGGCUUGAGAAGGCGCUUCUAUGAGUAGAUGUUGGGUUUGAUUUGCUUUUAACUUUUAGGUUAUCUGUGACUCUUUUCAGUUGAGUGGGAUUCAUAUGGUUUUGAAUUGGUAUUUGUUACAGAGAGGAUGAUCAUCUAAACAAAAUUUCAUAUUAUAAAAUUGCUCAAUACUCUCUUGAACAUUCUUCUAUCAAGAA